AGCAGCGGAAAUAUUCAUUCAAAAUGGCACCUUCUCAAUCAGGAAGUAGGAAAACAACUAGCGGGGAAUAAGUUGGAUAAAAUCCUGUAUUUCCGUCGAUUUGACGCGAGUUGAGGUUCGACAUCUUCUGGUGUGUUCGGGGUUCGGACUGGGACAAAGCAAAGCCAAGAAAAGGUCAUGGAGAGGAUUUGUCCGUGCUAGAAGUAUAAUAUCAGACACAGCCAGCAUCACAGGGGUGGCAGUUUGGGCUGUAGCAUAUGUCAUCGACUGUAGUGUGGUCAUGUGUGACACUGUAGUCUGAUGCCCACCCUCCCCUCAGCGCUGGCCAUGGACGGGGAGAACUACCUGCAUCCAGAAGGCCCUCAGCUGGACAGCAACUUGUUCUCUGUCGCCUCCCCUAACAUGGAGAGUUCGCUAUUUGGCUCCUCUGGAUCCUGGAGGUCCUUCUCUCAGCAGGCGGGAUACGGCAUUCACUGCCCUAUGCAAUCUGGAAACCAGCAAUACCACUUGAACAGCAGCAGCACUACCACCGCCACUACGCCGGAUGUGCAGAUUGACAUGUACUCUGCAUUCUCCGACAUGGAUUUCUCCUGCCUCAAUCUCCCCAGGAAUGGUGACUUCUCCCAGGAUCUGUCCUGCAUCGAUGACCUCUCCACAAACUCCCUGUUCUCCUCUCCGGCCGAUUCCUUGUCCGAGUAUGCUGAUGCCCAGUCCUUCAUCAGCACAGACAACCUGGACACAGUGCCCACACUCUGGGACGUCAGCACUAGUACCACCCUUGCCACCACCACACCAGCACAGAGCCAGCUGGAGCUGAAAGGUUCCGGCAGGUUUCAGGGCUUGGCCAGUUUGGAUGAUAUUACUGCAAUAAUCAGCACUCCACCUUUAGGAGGAUUCCAGGUUCAGACAACACAGUCGCCACCGGAGGAGGAGGAGGAAGCUGAGGAUGAUGAUUCAGAAGAACUGGGCCAUGUCGACACGUAUGCAGAGUACAGACCUUCCAAAUCCACAAUAGGAAUUUCCCAUCCUGACAUUGUGGUGGAGACCAACACACUUUCCAGUGUCCCUCCUCCAGACAUCACAUACACCGUGUCUAUCCCAGAGAAUACCAUUAACAGUGGCCUGCUGUCCGCACUACAGCUUGAAGCCAUCAUCUACGCUUGCCAGCAACACGAGGUCAUCCUUCAGAACAACCAGCGAGCAGGCUUCCUGAUUGGAGAUGGGGCCGGAGUUGGGAAAGGGCGUACUGUUGCGGGAAUCAUCCUGGAAAACUACCUUAAGGGAAGGAAAAAAGCACUAUGGUUCAGCAUAUCCAAUGACCUGAAAUUUGAUGCAGAAAGAGAUCUCAAAGACAUAGAUGCACCGAAUAUUCCUGUGCAUGCCUUAAACAAAAUUAAGUAUGGAGACACAGCUACCUCAGAAGGAGUCCUCUUUGCAACAUACUCUGCGCUGAUUGGCGAGAGCCAGGCGGGAGGGCAGCACCGCACGAGGAUUAAACAGAUCCUGGAUUGGUGCAAGCCCGAUUUUGAUGGAGUUAUUAUUUUUGAUGAAUGCCACAAAGCCAAGAAUGCCACAUCAACAAAGAUGGGUAAGGCAGUGCUUGAUCUUCAAAACAAGCUGCCACGGGCCAGAGUGGUGUAUGCCAGUGCCACAGGUGCCUCUGAGCCAAAGAACAUGAUCUACAUGAGCCGCCUGGGUAUCUGGGGUGAGGGUACGCCCUUCAGGACCUUUGAUGACUUCCUGCAUACUAUUGAGAAGAGAGGCGUGGGUGCCAUGGAGAUUGUUGCCAUGGACAUGAAAGUGAGCGGGAUGUACAUAGCCAGGCAGUUGAGCUUCUCAGGGGUGUCUUUCCGCAUUGAAGAGAUCGGACUGGACAGCGAUUUCAAGCUGGUCUACAAUAAAGCUGCCAAACUGUGGGCAGAGGCGCUGCAAGUCUUCAUGCGUGCCGCCGACGAGCUGGGCCUGGUCAGCAGGAAGUCUCUGUGGGGGCAGUUCUGGUCGUCUCACCAGCGCUUUUUCAAAUACCUCUGUAUCGCUGCCAAGGUCCGCUGCCUGGUAGAGUUGGCCAAGAAAGAGCUGGAGGCAGGAAAGUGCAUCGUUAUUGGCUUGCAGUCUACUGGAGAGUCACGUACUCGAGAAGUCCUGGACGAGAAUGAUGGGCAUCUUGACAGAUUUGUCUCUGCUGCAGAGGGUGUGUUCCACUCCCUUGUCAUGAAACAUUUCCCUUCUGAGAAACAGCGACGAGAGAAAGCACCCGGGAAUAAGAGAAAACGUAAGCCUCGUGGUCGGCAGCCCAAGGUCCCCAAGCACACGGUGGAUAGUGGCGGUGUCAUCAACAUCAGCGACGACAGCAGUAGUGACUCUGAUGGCAUGGACACAGACUCCAACUCCUCGCCGGACUCACUGCUGGACAAUGAUGAUGUCAUCUUUGUCAAUCACACGAGCUGCCAGACUGUCAGGAUCGAGGAGAUGAAGCAGGAUCUCCUCAACAAGAUAUCACAGCUGGGAAAAGAACUACCUCUCAAUACCCUCGACGAGCUCAUUGAUAAGUUUGGAGGGCCUGACAAAGUCUCAGAGAUGACUGGUCGCAAGGGUCGCGUGGUGCGUCGUCUUGAUGGCAGCGUCCGCUACGAGUCACGUGCCGAGCAGGGUCUCACCAUUGAUCACAUAAACGUCAAGGAGAAGGAUCGCUUCAUGGGGGCAGAGAAGCUGGUGGCCAUCAUCUCCGAGGCAGCCAGCUCUGGAAUUUCCCUGCAGGCGGAUAAGCGAGUAAGGAAUCAGAGGCGGCGUGUCCAUAUGACCUUGGAGCUGCCUUGGAGCGCCGACAGGGCCAUUCAGCAGUUUGGCCGUACCCAUCGGUCCAAUCAAGUGACCGCUCCAGAGUACAUCUUCCUCAUCUCGGAGCUAGCCGGGGAGAGGCGUUUUGCCUCCAUAGUUGCAAAGAGGCUAGAGAGUCUGGGUGCGUUAACACAUGGAGACAGAAGAGCCACGGAGUCUAGAGACCUGAGCAAGUACAAUUUUGAGAACAAGUACGGUACCAAGGCUCUGGAUAAAAUCACCAAAGCAAUCCUCGGCCACAUACAGAACAAGGUGCCUGUACCCAAAGGUUAUCCCGGAGGCGACGCCAUGUUUUUCAGAGAUAUGAAACAUGGAAUGAUGGAUGUGGGCAUCUUCUGUAGGGAGUCACGCUUUGGGAUUAGUACGGAGAAAGACUGUAGCAUCACCAAGUUCCUAAAUCGCAUCCUGGGCCUGGAGGUCCACAAGCAAAACUAUCUUUUCCAGUACUUCACCGAUAAUUUUGACUACCUAAUCGAGAAGGACAAGAAGGAAGGCAAAUAUGACAUGGGCAUUUUAGAUUUGGCUCCGGGAAACGAUGAAAUUUAUGAGGAAAAGCAGGAAACCUUUUUAACGGUUGGAAACCCUCAGGAUGGACAGGUGGUUCUUUACAAGAUCAGUGUGGACAGAGGUAUGCCUUGGGAUGAAGCCUACAACAGGUUUCUGAAUCUCACCGGUGCUGAUGAGGGCUUCUAUUUGUCCAUGAAGCUCCGAGGUAACCAACCGUGUGUGCUGCUAGCCGAGCAAGGGAGAGGCAAGAACUUCAUUGUGUACAAGCCCAACAUCGGCAAGCAGACUCACCCCGAGAGCCUUGAUAACCUGCAACAACGCUAUCGAAAGACUACUCCAGAGGAGGCUAAGGACAACUGGGAGAGCCAGUUCAGCUUCUCCUUGAAGAAGUGUAGCCAUGCCAACUGGAAUGGCAAGUGUAAGAAAACCGAGGAGGGCCAGGAGUGUUUCCAGGGCAUGCGCCUCCGCCAGUACCACAUGCUGUGCGGCGCUCUGCUACGUGUGUGGAAGCGGGUGUCCGAUGUGGUGUCGGACAUCACCAGCUCUAGUAUACUGCAGAUUGUUCGCCUCAAAACAAAGCAGCACAACAAGCAAGUCGGCAUCAAGAUCCCAGAGAUCUGCGUGGCCAGAGUGCGCGAGGAGCUUAUACUAAUGGACGAGGAGGUGAAAAGGCGGCGCAAGGAGAGGGAAAAGCAGGCUUUGGAGCAGCGUCUGGCUGAGGAGCGGAGGCGUAAAAUGGAGCAAGAGAACAAGCACCUCCUGGCUAAUCUGUUCAGCCAGAAACCGGUUGCCAACCAGUCUCUGGCCCAGUCACUCCUCCAGAGCCAGCUCCUCAGACAAAAACAAAAGACACAGAUGGCGGGCAUCUCUCAGCUACAGAGGAUGCAGGCUGGCCACAGCCAGGCCGUCUUGCAGCAGCCCCUGCAGAGUCAAGGCCUGUUGUCUUUACAGAGAAACCUUUCUCAAAGUCAGAAUCUGACUCCUAACAGCUGGCCCAGCAAGUCCUCCAAGCAGGCUCUUGUGCACAACACGGUCAGCCACGGCUCCAAUUUCUCCCAGUUUUACCCUCAGCCCUUCUUAUCUGCGUUCCCCCAGCUGAAGAACCCGCCUGUCCCCAUCCAUCAAACCACACGGUCCACCAGUUUGUCUUCUCAAAAGCCCCAGGAAGAAAUUCUGGAUCUGACGGUAAGCUCGCCGUCUCCUUCGCCGGACAGCACCGAGGGUGGGCUGGGCCUGGAUAACCUAACAGGACCAUCUGGAGCGUUCGUGGAUGACUUCGGCCUGGAGUCGCUCAUCUCGCAGAAUGCCCAACAGCAGCAGCUUCCACCACCGCCUCUGGUUCUACAGCAGCCACAGAACCACGGCCUGCUGGGCAACAACCACCAGGACUUAUUAGACUUCUUUGACCUGCCCAUCUCCCCGCAGAUGCCCACGCAGAAAGCCAGCCCAUCAUCCUCAGCAUCUUCCAGCUCGUCCUCCAUGUCCUCCACCUCCUCUCACGUGUCUCCCCUCGUACAAACCACCCCGCUCUUUUCCAACCCGGCCCCUUCUUCCUCCUCGCUGUUUGCCAACACUUCUUCACACUUCUCCACCAACUAUCUCCUUCCCCCGUCAGACUCUCUCUCCCUGCCCAACGGCCACUGCAGCUCCGGCGCUCUUGACGUGCGCGAGGCUCUGAACAGCAUGCUGCAGGCAGGGCCGGACCGCAAGUCUGUCAUUCACUACCGGCAGCAAGACUGAGAAGAUGACAACCCCAGCGGCUUAUUCUCACGCUUUUAACGUCUUUUUAAAGCAGAUUUUAACAUGUGUUAUUUAACUGCUGUCUCCCAUCCAAAGCCGACCCCUCUAUAGCCCUCACCCCCUCAGGUCCUCCUAGUCACAUCACUGCCUGCUCUGCUCAGUCUUCUCUCCCCACCUGUAGCGAUGGCCUCCUCCUGGUUGCUAUAGUGACAACGAACGUCUGCACCAAAGUGUGUCCUCUGCAGCUCAAGGCAGCUGUAAACUUGUAUCAAACUCACAUGAACAAAAAAAAAUGUUCAUUCUCGUGUAGAGUCCUUUAACAGACCCCCUCCUCCACUCCCAUCCUUUGACGAGGUAUUGGACGUUGCUGGAAGCUUUUGUAAAACUCGACACGUCUUUGCUUGACUCAAGACUCAAAGGUGGUGAUGAACUGGAAUAGAAGAGGAAGAAACUUUUGCUGACAAACCGUGAAAUGCCUCCCUUCCCCGACACGCUCCCUCUUGUUUGUGUCCACCACCGCUCGUGUUAGAUGAAAUGGGGAGCAGCAGUCUGCAAACAGUGCCUUUGGAGAAAUCUAUAAAUGCAGUCUUUAAGAAAAACAAAUCCAUGUAGCCUAAUGUAUAGAUUUGUAUUUUAAUUUAAAUAUAUUUGUAUUUAACUUUUUUCGUCCUUUUUGCGUUGUCCUUUUGUGUUACACUAUGCUGGUGGCGGGUUCCAAGACAAGGCCUCCGUGAAGCCUUGAGUGUGUGCGUUUGCAUAUGCGUGUGCGUGUGUGUGUCUGCUGAAACGGUGCACGAUUCCAUGUGGUGUACAACAACACCAAGAAGCGUUAACAGAACAGAAAUCAUCCAAAAAUAUCACCCUGUUUUUUUUUAACUGACGACAUAACACAGUGAGAUUUCAACUCCUGGCAUGAUUUGAUUAAAAAUUCUCAGGAAAGUCUCAAGUGCUUUUGGUGGUGUUGUUUUUUGGGUUUUGCAUGUGUCGGUUUGACCAUCCAAUACGAACUUCUCAGUCAGGAUUUACAGUGAGUCAGUAAAUCUUGACGUCUGCAAAGAAAACCUUGCAUUAUUUUUGCAUGUCAUCACGUUAGGAAUGACUCCCUCUUGCGGUCAGAUCAACACAUUUUGACAAGUAUCUGGACAUGAUUAUGUACACACACACACACACACAACAUAGACCAAUAUAAUUAACCUGUUUGUUGCACCCGCUAGUUAUUACUGAUAGCCACCACCUUGCAUAAUAGAAACAGAAACAUUCAAAACAAGUCCAUGUUCCGCCUGCCAUGUCAUAUAAUUAAUGUAAACACACCUACCGCCAGGCUGCAUGGCAACCAAGUGGCGAGACCCGAGUUUGAUUCCACCCUCGGGCAUCUCUGUGUGGAGUUUGCACGUUCUCUCUGCGCAUGCGUGGGCUUUCUCCGGGUACUUCGGUUUCCUCCCACAUUCCAAAAACAUGCUAGGUUAAUUGGUGACUCCAAAUUGUCCAUAGGUAUGCAUGUGAGUGUGAAUGGUUGUUUGUCUAUAUGUGCCCUGUGAUUGGCUGGCGACCAGUCCAGGGUGUACCCCGCCUCUCGCCCGGAGACAGCUGGGAUAGGCUCCAGCGUGCCCGUAACCCUUGUGAGGAUAAGCGGUAGAAAAUGAGUGAGUGAAUGAAUGAACACCUACCGCCAGUUAUUUACACUAAAAAUAAAAGGGACGACUCAAAAUAAGCCACAGUCCACACCUGUAAUAAUUUUAAUGUGCUCAACACCAAUGUGUGAUUUAAUGAAUUCAUUGUCAAUAACCACCACCUUGCAUAAUAGAAAACGACUCAUGAACAAUGUACGUGUAAUCAUAAUACAUACACAAUAGGUUUGAAAUAAGCCACCAAGUAAAAUGACAAAUUACGGCCAAUUAUUUAUGAUAACCAGCAGUUCAUUAAAUUGCACCUAUUGGUUUUCUUUACAGGCGUCAAGGCCAUAUUUGAUUGAUGUCCAUGUGCCCAUUCACUGUAGUUGUUUGGAGACAAGUUCAAGCAAUAAGAAAAAAGAGCAUUUUGUUAACGGAGCAGACAAAUAUCUUACGAGGUGAAGCUGUGUGAAUCUUUCUGUCCUUCAUAGUCCUUUUUAAAGAAAAAAAUACAUAUAUAUAUCUCCUAGAUAUGUUUUAGCCAUUGUUAUGUUAUUAAAGGUAUAUUGUUAUUUAUAUUUAAGGGAUAUUUUAGAUUUUAGUGAUGUUAUCCUGCUUAUUAUAUAUUAGAGUAGUGUACAAAAUGUUUUGGUCAGGGACAAAUUCUAUUCAAAUCUGCCACCAAAUAUGUUUGCACUGUUUCUGUACUCUGCUGUACAGUGUCUGGAUUUAUUUCUAUUUCUCAUUUCCAUAUUGUCAUUUUUUUGUAAUUCUCCAUACAAAUUUAUACAUUUUCAAAAGAUACCAAAGUGUUCCCCUGACAUUACCAUUCAAUACAAUCUCAGGAAAGAAACAAAUGUUGGCAAAGGGGAGGGAAGCGGGGGUGAAAUAUUGCCCCUGAUUAACAGAGCUCCAACUAAAUACAUGUAUGUACCAUUUCAUCUUAACUCUGUGCUGUGACUUUAAGUCCAAUUAGGUUUUAGACCAGGGACAGGUAACCACACUAUAUUGAUAACAAAACAGGAUGAAACAAAUGUUUGUUAUUGUCUGUCAUGAGCAUCUGUGUGUUAAACGGUUCCUCUGAAGUUUUUAAAAUUGCAUGGCGGAUUAGAUCAAAUGCUUCCUGCAGGCCUAGGAGCCGCAGGUUGCUAACCCCUGCUUUUUUUAGACUCUGAUGUUGUGAUUGGGUGUGUUUAUGCCUUCUUAGGGCAGCGAUCAAAGCCUGUUUCUUGUUUCAUUUUCUGUGGAUGGUAGAAAUGCACAAACCUUGUAGUUUGGUUUCUUUUUUUUUUUUCAACAGAAACAUCUUAGUUAUAUGGAAUUGUGCAAUUAACCUCACCCAACUCUGUUUUGGAGUCACUCACACACUUAGAUGCUUCCUUUUUCUCAUGUAUGUCACACUGCGUAACUUAUCUUCUUUAAAAGAAAAAAAAAACAUUCCAAGAUAAGAGCAAGUGAAAACCGUCAAGCUUCAUAGCAUUUUUCACAUUAUCUUUGACUGCAUAAAUUGGUCUUCUAUCCGUUUUGUUUAUAUCAUUUUUGCACUAAGAAUGGCAUAAUCAUAAGUUACUGUCCCCCCCACCCCAGAGCCCUUCCUCGUCAGUUAUGAUGGAGCUUUUUUUGGCGUGUUGUGAUUUUGGUCUUUGGUGGGUUUGUAUACUGUAACCAUCGUACAUGUUGCUCCACUGUUUGCGUAUUAUUAUAAAU